AUGACUGUUUAUCAGAGCAACUGCCAUUCACCAGAAGCAAUCUUCCUGUGCAAGUUAGAUUACAAAAAUGAGGAAGGAAAGCAUAGAAACAAUGUUGGACCAAGCAAACCUAUUUCUCAGCCACGAAGAAACAUUGUAGGCUGCAGAAUACAGCAUGGCUGGAGAGAAGGGAGCGGACCUGUAACACAGUGGAAAGGCUCAAAAGAUGAAUGGAGGGGGAUGGUCUUGGCUCGAGCUCCUAUUAUGAACACAUGGUUUUAUAUUACCUACGAGAAAGAUCCUGUGUUGUAUAUGUACCAACUCUUAGAUGACUAUAAAGAAGGUGAUCUUCGCAUUAUGCCUGAUUCCAAUGAUUCACCUCCUGCAGAACGAGAACCAGGUGAAGUUGUAGACAGCCUGGUAGGCAAACAAGUGGAAUAUGCCAAAGAAGAUGGCUCAAAACGGACUGGCAUGGUCAUUCAUCAAGUUGAAGCCAAACCAUCUGUCUAUUUCAUCAAGUUUGAUGAUGAUUUCCAUAUUUAUGUCUAUGAUUUGGUGAAGACAUCCUAGACGUCACCAUGAAUGUCUGCCAAAUUUGUGGAACUAUUAAAUGUAAAAUUUGUAGACACAGACUUGACUGUUUUUCAGUUGAAUGAAAAUUUAAAUGUCCCUGCGAACCCACAAUCUCUGCCAGCAACUGUUUUGUUCUGAAUAAUACAAAUUUAUGUGAAUAUGACACAUCUUGUGUAAGAGAGCUCCUUUUCUUGAAGGAAAUCAAUAUAUUUGGGUGGUAGGGAGUUAAAAGCAAAGAACAGUUGCAAAUUCAAGCUGUGUGAAGCCAAUCUAGUAUUGUAAUCUAGAUUUUUUUCUUAGAUUAACUUUUUCUUCAACCUUGCAUCGCCUGUUCAACUGCCACAUGCAAGUGUAGUUUGCUAUUUUCCACAUGUCUUCUUUUGCAACAUUAAAUUUAAUUUCUUGGCUACUGGCAGUCCUUGUUUUCUGGGUUGGGACAGAGGUGACUUUUCUGAAAGGUUUAAACAGUUUGUGCAGCAGUGAGUGUCUAACCCAUGUAACAUCUAUUUACUGUGUUUCUACUCUUUGUUUCAAAUUAAGUUAUUAAAUACUUGUGUCUUUUUUACUAGUCACAGGGCAGUAGGAUAUCAAGUGUUUGACAUAUGCACCUUUCAGUGAAAAGGCUUUAAGCUAUAAAAAUCUAUUUCAUCUGUAUAUCCAGUUAAUUAGAAAAUGAAGGUUAAGGGCCUAUGUUUACAAGUUGUAGGAACCAGUAAAAUACACACAACAAAGCUGCCAUUAAUCCUAAAUGUUGUGUUCUGUUUUGUUAUACACAUUUCAUAGCAGAAUACAAGUGCUUGGUGCCACAAUUUUAGCAGUAUAUAAUGCUACUUAAGCAGACUUUGGACUACACAUCGGCAAUGAGUAGUCUCUCAUUUAAUAUCAGAACCUAGCAACUUGGAUGUUUGUGUGUGGACUUAGAAAGCUAGUAUUAGUUAAUCUUUUACACAGUAAAUACAAGUUUAUGCGGGAGGGGGGUCCUUUUACACUGAGGACCUCCUUUAGAGAAGGAGAAGCAUUUGUUGCCUUCUCCUCAGUCUGCUGUAUUCCUUUGCUUUGUUUUGUGCUGUAUUCCUUUGCUUUGUUUUUAACCAUUUUGGUUCAAGAAGGCAUAAUUUCAGUGUAUUCUAUUUUUGGCUUUUCCACGUAAGGAGUGUCCAGACAAAUCUACAGUUUAAACCUGUUGUUGCCUUUUGUGGUGUACUUGCUUUGAGGUAUGCCAUUAACAUGAAUUUCAUUCUGUGAACACUAGAGUUAUGCAUGCCAGUGGUGUACUAUCUAAUGGGAGCUAUAGGCUGUCUCAGUGGUUUAGUCAUCUGCAUUAGACUGUGGAUGCAAAUAGCCCACAACAGCAGAAUCCUUUCACAGUUUUAAUCUUGCAAGAUAGUUGUAAAUCAAGGUUAGGGUAUUUGGGUUUUUUUUAAGAAUAGCAACUUUUAAAAGCAUCAUGAUUGUAAUGAGGAUCAGCACAGCAACAAAAUUUUCAUGUUGAAACAGAGCUCUACAGGCUUCAAACCACUGCUUCACAGAAAUACAGUAUGUGAAGAAUGUGAAUACAGUCAACGCUAUUGAUGGAAAGAAGGAAUACAUAGAUAUCCAACUUGAUGAUGUUAGUGGAAGGAUGCAGGAGAGAUACUGCUAAUGAGAGAUCAGGGGUCUGACCUCUAUUGUGGGUAUUCUUAAUAGCAAAGACUCAGUGGCUUAAGUCCUUUUCUGUCUUUUUUUUUUUUUUUUUUUUUUUGCCUGAUUUCAUUCUUUAGCCUUAAGGCUUAUGCCUCAUUAUGCUGUUAAAUGGUAAUACUGUAUAAAUAUGGUAUCAAUUCUUUAUACCUUGCUACUAUAUUGCAUUAUGUCCUGUAUUUCAUCAUGGGCAACCAAAGGCAGGCUAUUGUCUUUCAGUUCAAAACUUCUCAAUCCAGUCUUUAAGCACCAAGUAUCUGAGUCAGUAAAUUUUCAUUGUGUUUUGAACAAAAUGAGCAGAUUUGCAACACUGCUUUCAUCCUGCAGAUCUGUUAUGUGCUUCCUAUUGACUCUUAAGAGUCCUGCAUGUAAAUCUCAAAGCUGAGCCUGGCUCCAUGAGCCCAAGUUGAUAUUUGUGGCACAAGAAUGAGUGUAUUGAUUACACACAAAAUACACUAAUAACUUAGUACAAUGAAUUUUGGGCUUUACAUCUAAGGAUGUAACAACAAGGUUUGUUUUGAAAUAUUUGAGGUUUAGCUCUACUGGAACAUUUUUAGCAUUUGGCUUGCAUUUGUGGGAUUUUAUGUAAGCCACUCUAAUACACCACAUAUUUUGCUAAUUAGAAUAUAAUCUAUACAGUAUAUGCUGUCAAAUUUUAUGGUUGUUUUUAGAUGUCCCCAUUGUCUGUUGUAUGGGAUUUUUCUUCUCAUCUCUUUUUUUUUUUUUUUUUCUUAAGGUUUGUGUGGAGGGGCGGUUUUGGUUUUGUGGUUGGUUUUUUUAAUAGCUUAAACCACCAUUUUGAGACUUGAGAGUUAUUCCACUCCCUGCCAUCUGUUUUGGGCUUACUUUAGGCUCAUGUUUCAGAUCUGCAUGCAGUGCUUGCAUUACCCUAGUAACUACAUGUUGGUCCCUUGUUCUAGGGGCUCAACAUUACUUUCCAAAUUUAUCAUAGGUCUUGUGAUGACACAAGCCAUGGAUCUUUGUAUAAAAAUUAUUGGCCUCUCAUUUAUCUGCUGUAGUAUUGUUGUAUAUUGUGUGUGCAUGAUGUCGAGCUGCCAUGGAAAACUUUUAAAAAUGAAAAAAAACCCACCUUAAAUGCAGAUCAUCCUUUUUUGCAUGCUUAGAAGGUUAGAACAUUCAAUGUAACAAAUGGAAGUUGCAUGUUAUAAUGUUUAGGUUUGGGGUUUGUUCUGUUUUUAUUUUGUGUUCAGUUUUUCGUGAAUUUCCUUAUUGUGCUGUUUGAAUGGUUGUUAAUAGGAUUAAAUGCACUGGUGAGGCAAACAUAGUUCCAACGAAAGGUAAUUUUCCAGUUGUAUCUCAUACAGCAUUUGAAGGGACCAUGUAUUCUGUUCAAGAAUAAAUAAAAUCGUAAUUGAUAAGUAAAACAAUGAUUUUUUUUCUUUUGAAUGCCAAACCCUAAACUAAGUGGGACUACAUAAAGACUGAAAUACUUUGGGGAAAAUCCUAUUUAUUACAAUAGGUAUACAUCUUCUUUAAAUUAAUUCUUUAAAAUGGAGCAUUUAUCUUCAAAUAGAAUGAAUUACAGUUGCUUCAGGGAAAAAUAAUUAGGGUAAAAAACAGUUUCUGGUUCCUUGAAAAUGUUGUACAUUUUGUAUUUUAUAUCAUUAGUGCAAUUUGGAUGGUUCUUGGUAUGUGUAUAGUUUAAAGGUCUUCGUGUUCACAUUUUAAAAUUAGGUAGUGACUUCAUCUUUAAAGCUUGGUUUCAUUAUUUUUAUUUUCUUUGCAUUUAGAAGUAUGAACACUUUAAAUCUGUUACUUAAUUCUGUAAGUAAUUUUUAUAAUUAUGAUGUAACUCUAUCCUUAAAACAUUUAAAAUAAAUCCUUUAUGUGCAA